GCUGAGGCAGGGGGAGAAAUGAAGUUGCGCUAAAAGCCUUUUAGCGAUAAAGAAGUUAUUAGGCAUUUCUCAGCCGCAAAUUAGGGCUUCUUCAUUAAUAUCAGCUUCAGACCCAUUACUGGAGAGGGAGUCUGGAACCACAUAAAGGGGAUGGGACGGAAGCAGUAUCUCUCUACCCAUCCGUGUGAGAAGCAAUGAGAGAAGCCAACUUUCCCUCUGCUGAUAUUAAUGGUUUCAAUUAAAGAGGUGGGCUCCUCACCCCGAGAGAGCUUUCUGGACACUGCCGGGUGCAGGGACUGAAGUGGCACGAAGGAAGUAACCUGUACCUGUUACCCACUGAAGGAGCCGAAGGCCAAUCAUUUCGGGCAUCGGAUUGACAGCAGGGGAAAAAAGAGAGGAUUAUGUCUCUUUUCCGAGAAGCUAUGUUUGCAGCAUGGAGUAGAAGAAAAGGACAGAAUACCUUGAUUUGGUUGCUGUAUGGUGCAGGCAUUUAGCUCUCUCCGCAGUUACUGGGAUUCUCUAGGCUGCACUGGACCUUGUCCUAUCCAUUUGCAUUGUUAAUGUUACUUUUAAGUGAAUAUUUUUUUUAAAUAAUCACUCCUGGUCUUGAAUCUUCUUUAUACCAUUUAAAGAUUUAGAAGAAUAACCUUCUUGCAUUCAAAAAACAAUGUUUGAUGCUUCUGGAAGAUGAAUUGUAAUUGAGAGUUUCCUCCCCUCUUUGGAUGAAUCUGGGGAGCUUAAAUUGUAAGAAGGAAGGGGGAAAAAAACACAAUGAAAGAGAAGUCCAAAAAUGCUGCCCGGACUAGACGGGAGAAAGAAAACAGUGAAUUUUAUGAACUGGCUAAAUUACUGCCUUUGCCCUCAGCUAUCACCUCUCAGCUGGAUAAAGCUUCAAUAAUCAGACUCACCACCAGCUAUUUAAAAAUGAGGGUGGUUUUUCCUGAAGGACUUGGCGAAGCCUGGGGCCAUACUAGUCGAACCAGCCCUUUGGAUAAUGUUGGACGGGAGCUGGGAUCUCAUCUUUUGCAGACGUUGGAUGGCUUCAUAUUUGUUGUGGCUCCAGACGGCAAGAUCAUGUACAUUUCAGAGACGGCCUCCGUUCAUCUGGGUUUAUCACAGGUAGAGCUGACCGGAAAUAGCAUUUACGAAUACAUCCACCCUGCUGAUCACGAUGAGAUGACCGCGGUGCUCACAGCUCACCAGCCCUACCACUCUCACUUCGUGCAGGAGUACGAGAUCGAGCGCUCCUUUUUCCUACGGAUGAAGUGCGUCUUGGCUAAGAGGAAUGCGGGGCUGACCUGCGGGGGCUACAAGGUCAUUCAUUGCAGCGGCUACCUGAAGAUCCGCCAGUACAGCCUGGACAUGUCCCCCUUCGAUGGCUGCUACCAGAACGUUGGCUUGGUCGCUGUUGGCCACUCGCUACCUCCCAGCGCAGUGACAGAAAUCAAGCUGCACAGCAAUAUGUUCAUGUUCCGGGCCAGCCUGGACAUGAAGCUCAUCUUCCUAGAUUCCAGGGUGGCUGAGCUGACGGGCUACGAGCCGCAGGACCUGAUCGAGAAGACCCUUUACCACCACGUCCAUGGCUGUGACACUUUCCACUUGCGCUGCGCUCACCAUUUGUUGCUCGUGAAAGGGCAGGUGACCACCAAAUACUACCGCUUCCUGGCCAAGCACGGCGGCUGGGUGUGGGUGCAGAGCUAUGCCACCAUCGUGCACAACAGCAGGUCCUCGCGGCCACACUGCAUAGUCAGCGUCAACUACGUCCUCACGGAUACUGAAUAUAAAGGACUACAACUCUCCCUGGAUCAAGUGACAGCAACCAAGCCAUCAUUCUCAUACGCAAAUUCAACUCCAACCAUAACGGACAACAGAAAGGGCAGCAAAUCACGGCUCGCAAGCACAAAGUCAAAAUCAAGGACAUCACCGUAUCCACAGUAUUCUGGAUUUCACACAGAAAGAUCUGAAUCUGACCAUGAGAGCCAAUGGGGUGGAAGUCCACUAACUGAUACUGCCUCUCCACAAUUACUGGAACCUGCUGAAAGGCCAAGCUCUCAACACCAUGAUGUCUCCUGUGCUUAUAGACAGUACUCAGACCGCAGCUCUCUCUGCUAUGGUUUUGCACUUGACCAUUCCAGGUUGACUGAUGAUAGACAUUUCCAUACUCAGGCCUGUGAAGGAGGCAGGUGUGAGGCUGGUAGAUAUUUCCUGGGCACACCGCAGCCUGGAAGGGAUACUUGGUGGGGUUCUCGUUCAGCAUUGCCCCUGACAAAAGCUUCCCCUGAAAGCAGAGAAGCAUAUGAAAACAGCAUGCCCCACAUCACUUCAGUUCACAGGAUACAUGGGAGAGGACACUGGGAUGAGGACAGUGUUGUUAGCUCCCCAGAUCCUGGUUCUGCUAGUGAAUCAGGAGACCGAUACCGUACUGAGCAGUAUCAAAGUAGUCCACAUGAGCCCAGCAAAAUUGAAACUCUAAUAAGAGCUACCCAGCAAAUGAUUAAAGAAGAAGAAAACAGGCUUCAGCUACAGAAAACAACCCCUGAUCAGCUGGGCUCUAUUAACGGAGCAGGGAAAAAGCACUCCAUUUGUUUUGCAAACUACCAGCCACAGCAGUUGACAGGGGAUGUCUGCCAUGUUCCUACGGUUGCCAACACCUCUCCUUGUGAACACAUCCAGCAACGAGAUGGAAAGCUUAUGAGCCCACAUGAAAAUGAUUAUGACAACAGCCCCACAACACUGUCUAGGAUAAGCAGCCCAAAUUCCGACCGCAUUUCUAAAUCUAGUUUGAUACUAGCUAAAGACUACCUGCAUUCAGACAUGUCCCCUCAUCAAGCCACAGGGGACCAUCCAGCAGCUUCUCCAAACUAUUACACCUCACAUAGGCAGUACUUUGACAAGCAUGCUUACACGUUAACUGGAUAUGCUCUGGAGCAUCUAUAUGACAGUGAAACCAUUAGAAACUAUUCCUUGGGCUGUAAUGGAUCACACUUUGAUGUGACUUCUCACUUAAGGAUGCAGCAAGAUCCAGCACAGGGACACAAGGGGACAUCCGUUAUAAUAACCAAUGGAAGCUGAUGUUUUUUCUAAAAUAUUUUGUGCUCUAAAAAAAUAUUUGAAAUAUAAUUGGAAGAUAUAUAAGUUUUAAUGCCCUUGUUGUUACCAGCAUUUGAUAUAUCACACUGCACUAGAGAGAAUAACCUAAGGUACUGGGGAUGAGUGAGUUGAUACGUUACUGUAAAAAAAAAAAAAAAAAAAAGCACUGGCAUUCAGGGUUAUAGUGAAUGGAGCUAAAGUCAAAGUUGCUGCCACAUUAUAUAGAAAAGAAGAUAGAGGAGGUCUGUGUUGAGAGCACAUUGUGGCAGGCCAGCUGAGCAAUUCAUGCAUGUUGUGUUGGAGUCAGUUGAUGAAAAUACUACCAAGGGCAGACUCUCUGAAUUGCAUGUGCCCCACAGGUCUUAGUCACCAAAACAGCUAUGCAUUCUUUACAUGCAAAAAUGUGGAUCCUAUAUCUUUUCAAAAUACAAAUCAAAUGGGUACAUUAACUGAUUUGUUUAUUCACUAGACUCUAGCCAUGUUAUGUUGCUCAGUGGCAUAAAGCAUGUAGGACUAGCCAAAAGGAAAAAAGAGAGAGAGAGAGAUUUUCAGAAUUAUUACUUUAUUGAAUAGCCACACACAUAGUUACACACUUGCUUGAUUUGAAAGACAUAAAUUGAGCAACAUAGUUAUGACUGGCUACUGGACUGCUUCCUCGUGCAAUAUUUAAAAGAAGGACCCAGAAAGGGGGGAGUUCUCAGCCUGGUUUUGAGUAAUGCGGAAGAUACGAUUGUAACAGGAAGAUAUUUGAACUGUGAUCACAUUCUGGAUGAGUGCAUGAGAUGUCUGGUAAAGUGAAAUGGAAGAAAAUUAGUGAAGGGAAAGGGGGAAAAGGAGCUGAAAUAGAGAGUGGUCCAAGAUGAAUUAUUUUAAUCUCAUAGUGAUGUGUACCAUGUAACAAAAAAUAUGCGGUGAGGAAAAAAAUGUUCCAAUUGGCUGAACUAUUCAGGAGUGAGUUAGAACCAUAGGAGGAAUUGCAUAAAAUUACUGGAAAAUUGGCUGUAAGGACUAUAAAACACAACUAUAUUAAUGUAAGAAUAUAAGAGACAAAGACAGACAAAGUGAAGACUGCAGGGUGACUGUGAUAAAUUCUGAGAAAAUCUUUGGGCACAUUAAGAAAGUGAAGGAGAUUGUAAGGACUCAAAGUUGGAAGAGGUAACCUGUUGACUGAAGUGAUGGGUGUGAUUUUGAAAAAGGCAUACAUUCUUGUCUUGUUCACAAAGGAAAAUAGGGAAGAGAUAUCAGGCACAGUUUUGUAGUAACCAGGGGAAGAGAAAAAAAGGUACUACAGGAAAAAUCAGGGUCUUGAGAGAAUAUGGAGAAUAAGAAAUCCCAGUGUCCGAUGACUGACUACAGCAUCAGGGCCUGCGGGGACCUGCCUUAAAUUAAGAGAUGUGUCAAAGGAGGUAAGUAAAUAUAUUUAAAAACCUUAUGAUCAGGGAGACACUGUUGGACUGGAGAUGAGCUAAUAUAACACCUGCACUUAAAAAGGCAGCUAGGGAAGUUCAUAGUAACAGUCAUUGGCACAAUCUUUCAAAUGAUUUCAGUGGGAGCUGGACCAGGCCCCUCCUGAUUAUACCAACCUAGAGUAUGGGCAAGAGUGGGGGAUGUUGUAAAAAUGAGAUGAGCAUUACAGAAUGGCUUGAUUUAUAAUGUAAAGAAGCUAGAUGCAUGGGAGUUUACUUUCAAUGGUCAUAAAACACAAUCCACCAAGUAGAAGGUUGCUCGGAGGGUUUGGAUAAAUUACAAAAGUAUCACUCUUCAACGUAGGGCUAACCGGUAGCAAAAUAAUAAUAAUCUGGGUCACCAAGUAGAGAUUUACUUGAAGACUGAGAAAAUCACAUAGCCAACUUGGAAUACUGUUAUAUACAGUUCUGAUCACUUUGAGGCAGAUUGUGAUAUUCUUACACCACAAGCAAUCCCAUUUGACUUCAGUGUGAUCAUUCAUAGUGAAAGAUACUCUUCCAGAAGAGAAAGAUGUUACAAUCUGGCCUUUUUUAUCUAAAGCUCAUAAUAGAAAAGGUAGAGCAGAACACAAAGUAGAGAGAUAAAGAGAAUGGAAGAUCUAAUAAGUGUUUAAAUAAACUAGGUCUGUUAUCUUUGGAUAAGGAAAGAUUUAGAGGGAAUGUCACUGAUGUGCACAAAGUUCUGCAUGGAAGAGAGAUUAGAUAACAGUAUAAGGUUAUUUGAAUUAGUGGCAGAUAUGAGCCAAGGGGCAUUAAAUGUUAGCCAAGGAAAAAUGAGAAGGAAACAAAUUUGGAGAGAAUUAUAUUAAAUGAAGCCUAAUAAGUUGAAUGAACUAUAAAGGUCAUAAACAGGAGCAGCUAAUAUAAAUAAUUAAAAAAAAGAUAAAAACAAGGCAAGUAUUUAAUGCUGUUGAGAAAAAUGCUAACAACUGCUAACUCAAAGGGGUGGAUGGACCAAAAUGGAUUUCUUUCAGCCCAGUGAUUUUAUAUAUUCCUAAAAAGUUAGGAAUGAGAGGGUAUUUUUGAUAAGUCUAGUUCUGGAUACAUCUUUAUUUAGUUUACACCUAUGAAUAGUAUUAACUUUUUAUUUGGAGCCUCAUUGUACAGUACUAAAAUGUGAUUUGCUGAGUAAAACAGAAUAGAAAUACAUGUUAUCAUAUGUUCCUUGGAAUACUGCUAGUACAUUACAAAAGUGACUCUAAGUAAAUCUGAAUAUUAUACUAGAUUACAUUAUGAAAGGCACCUUCAUAAAUGACUGUACUUCUAACAUGGUUUGUUUAUAUUUUUCAUUUAGGAAAAAAGCAAGUAAGCUAUGCAAUAAAGAUUCCCGGUUACUAUUUACUGUGAUCCCAUAUAGAAUAAAAAUUUCCAAGCAACUAUUGUUAAAUUAAAUUUCUCCUAUGCUGAGAUUUUCCAUAGUUUCAUUCAACUACAGUGGCAAAUGCAGGAAGGUGCAAUGUAAUAAAUAUAAUAUUUAAAAUAUCAAUACAGUGGUCUGGUGCCCUCCACCUGCAGCCAUGUUGUAAGACCAGCAAGACUGACACUUGCUCAUUCCCCAUGCAAGAUGGCAGCAACUACUGCUCCUUCUUAGUUCAUCAUUGUCAUUGACUGGAGGCACUUGCCUGUUACGGGCUAUCUGAUUCGCCAUCCUGCUCCCUUAAGUAGCCAGCUUGGAGGGAACAAUUUUAUCUUAACUUCAAAGCUGGCAAGGAGCUUUCAAUGUGAUUUUGAAAAAUUAUUACAAAUUAUUUGUAAGCAUAAUUAUUAUGUAAGCUUAGGGACAGUUUGCAACCCUUAACUGUAGCAUUCAUUACUGCAAGUGGCAUAACAUGUACAUUACUGUAGGGCACAAAGCUUACACUUGUUCAUGUCAUCAGUGCUUAUUGUAUGACAUACUUUAAUGAACUUCAUAUUUAGUUCAACU